UUUCAGGAUCUGAGCCCGCUGGAGGAGCCGCUAACUAUCUUUUGUCGCCUGCCUGCGGUUUAUUAUGCACCGUGUGAGGGCGCUGCGGCUGACAGCCUGUGUCAGGAAGCUUUUUAUCAAACAGCCAACAUGUUGUCUGAGCACAAAGUCGCCAGCGGACAACCAGCGACGAUCUUCACCACAUUUCGACUAUCUGCACCUCAAAACGACUGUGCAUGCAAAGUCAUCCAGUAGAGGACUAGAAGACAUGCUUUUUUACACCAUCACUGAAGGAAAAGAGCAGCUCCUCGUCUCAUACUUCAUCUCGGCCCUGAAAAAAACCGGACUUCAUCCGUCUGAUCCUCGUCUGAAGGACUGCAUGGGGAAGCUGCGACAGCUUGCUAAGGACUCUGUUGGAGAGGUGAUGAUGGAUCGGGACAUCUUUCACAGAUGUGUCGGUGGAAACAUUGUCCUGCUGAUCCAGGCCUUCAGAAAAAAUUUUGUCAUCCCAGAGUUUGACAUUUUUACCCAAAAGAUCAAUGAAAUCUACAAGAGAGUGCAAAGGCAAACUGAUGGGAAGGUUGCAGACUACAUCCCCCAACUGGCCAAGUUCAGUCCACACCUGUGGGGUGUGUCUUUGUGCACUGUGGAUGGACAAAGGCACUCUGUAGGUGACACCAAGCAGCCGUUCUGCAUGCAGUCCUGUGUGAAGCCACUGCAGUACGCCAUUGCUGUCCAUGAAGUGGGAACAGAGAAGGUUCACCGUUACGUGGGCAUGGAGCCCAGUGGGCUCAAGUUCAACAUGCUCUCACUGGAUGAAGAAGAUAAACCACACAAUCCCAUGGUGAAUGCUGGAGCCAUACUGAUGAGCUCUUUUACCAAGCCUCAUUCAAAUAAAGCAGAGAAGUUCGACUACGUUAUGGAUUUUGUGAAAAAGAUGGCAGGCCACGAGUACGUUGGUUUCAGCAACGCCACGUUCCAGUCCGAAAAAGAAACUGGAGACAGAAAUUUUGCUAUUGGAUACUACAUGAAAGAGAAGAAGUGUUUUCCUGAGGGAGCAGACAUGAUUGACGCCAUUGACUUCUACUUUCAGCUUUGCUCCAUCGAGAUCACCUGUGAAUCUGGAAGUAUUAUGGCUGCCACUCUCGCCAAUGGAGGGAUCUGUCCAAUUACAGGCGAGCAAGUGCUGAAUGCUGAGGCGGUGCGAGACACUUUGAGCCUCAUGCACUCAUGUGGCAUGUCCGACUUCUCUGGCCAGAUGGCUUUUAAUGUUGGUUUGCCUGCUAAAUCAGGUGUAUCAGGUGCAAUACUGCUGGUGGUCCCCAAUGUGAUGGGAGUGAUGUGUUGGUCUCCUCCACUGGACAAGGUUGGAAACAGUGUUCGAGGAAUACACUUUUGUCAGGAGCUUGUGUCUCUUUUCAAUUUCCACAACUAUGACAACUUGAGGCACUUUGUGAAGAAGCAGGACCCUCGCCGGCAAGACGGGGAUGACAGAAAUGAGUCAGUUUUCAACUUGAUGUUUGCUGCCUCCAGUGGAGAUGUCUCAGCCCUGAGAAGGUCUGCACUGUCAUCCAUAGACAUGGGACUGAGGGACUACGACUCCAGGACAGCACUUCAUAUCGCAGCAGCAGAGGGUCACAUCGAAGUGGUGAAAUUUCUCACUGAAACCUGCAAAGUUAAUCCAUUUGUACAAGACAGGUGGGGGAACCUGCCAGUGGACGAUGCCAUGCAGUUUGGACAUGAUGCUGUGGUCGCGAUGCUGAAGGACUAUCAGCGGGUCUGCAGGCAGCACAGCGAUACUGAGAACCCGCAGAAAGUCAAUCCCGUCGAGGGCAUGGUGUGACAAUCUACAAAGGCCACAGCAUGUCAAGACACUUCUCACAUUUGGAAAUGCACCAAACAAAACAUUUGGAGCACCAAGCAGAGAACAGAAUGCCUUUGCAUCCUAGUUACUUGACUGUAAGAAUAACUAGAAGGGCAGUCAGCAGCAGUAAUACCUCUGCUAAAGUCCAGAAUGCUUGCAAUGUGGAGAAUUCAGCAUGUAAAUUAUGUUUUCUGUGAAAAAAAUAAAAAGUAAACGUAUUUCAGUGAA